CCUGUGUGAUUGCAGCUCUUGUGUCUGGGGCUGAGUGUAGUGGCAUCAUCUGACUCGCCCUCUGGUGGGGCUCUGUCAGGGUCAGGGGCUCUCAGGCUACUGUGUUCUGAACUUGGCCUGCUCUGGUGCGGGCAGGUCGUUAUGAUCUCAGGGAGUCCUGCUGCGGUCUACCUGGGGCCUCCGCGCUCCAGCUCUAUGGGGCUUACGGGUAAAAAAUAAAAAAAAUCUGAUGUUCACAUGGACAAUCAAAAAGCAGGUGAGUGGUUAUAGGUUGAGGAUGAAUGAGUGAAACAACAUCGUUAUAGUACAGGUGAGUCCAAAGCUCCUCCUCCAGGUUCAGGAAAGAAGCUCCUAAUGGUAGAGAACAAGUUUAGGUCACCAGCUGGUUUAGUGGGCGUGGCUUAUGUACAGAAAUGAAGAGCUGUUGUGUACAGAUCGCUCUGCACUGAGAGAUGAACCAUGCAGAAAAAGGUCUUUCCCUUUCUAGUACUCUAUUCUCUCCUUGGUGUUGCAUGUUUUGCUAUAUUUUUAUUUUACCACAAAGACUGCCCUUCGAGAUCAUUUCCCAAGGCACGACAUGCCGAAAAUAUAAAAGCUGGAUUUAUGUGGAGGAUCAAAGAACAUGGUCAGGUGAAUGAAGCAUCAGAGAUCUGGGGAAAUACAUCUGAUGGAGCAGAACCUCUGGCGUCGUGUCCUGAGACCCCACCUAACCUUACGGGUCCACUUCAGGUGGAUUUAGAAACUAGUCGGACUCUGGAGGACGUGAGAAAGCAGUUUGUUUCUUCACUUCAGGUGGGAGGACGACGCCAACCACCAGACUGCCUCUCAAAACAAAAGAGGGGUGUAACAACGGCCAUCAUCAUUCCAUUCCGAAAUUGCCAUGAACACCUGACCCACUGGCUCGAUUACCUCCAUCUGAUCCUAAAACGACAGCAGCUGGUCUACGGCGUUUGCACCAUCAACCAGGACGGAGAUGGGGUGUACAGCAAAGCUAAACUGAUGAAUGCUGGACACGUCGAAGCACUGAAGGAAGACGAUUAUGAUUGUUUUGUCUUUUCUGAUGUAGACAUGGUGCCUUUAGAUGACCGGAACCUCUAUAGAUGUUUUGACCGCCCAAGACACUUUGCAGUAGCUAUAGACAAGUUUAACUAUGAACUACCCUAUAAGGACAUUUUUGGUGGGGUCACAGCAUUAUCAAAAGAACAAUUCUUGACAGUCAGUGGGUUCUCCAACACUUACUGGGGCUGGGGCGGUGAAGACGACGACAUGUACAACCGAAUCAUGUUGCGUAUAAAGUCCAUAUCUCAACCAGACGCUGUGAUUGGACGGUACAAGAUGAUUAAGCAUGGAAGAGACCGGCACAAUGAGCGGGAUCUGGACAAUGUCAAAAAACUUCAAGAAACUAAAAAGAUUUUAGAUCAGGACGGACUCAGCUCACUCAGUUACACCGUCGUAGAGAUCACUGAGAACGUACUAGUCCUCUUUAUUCCUGUGGAUGUUCACGUUCCUCUGGGUCCUCUGCGCCUUUAG